AUGGAAGCCGCGCUCACAUUCGGAAGUCUAGGCGACAUCAUACAGCUCUGCCAGCUCGCCAUUCAACUCGGUCGAGCAGUCGGUGUGGGAUGCGGAGCAGUUGGGGAGAGCUCCAAAGAAUAUCAGGAACUUCGCGAGGACCUCAACUUCUUUGUGCGCAUAUUGACGCAGGUUGUCGCAACUUAUGAAAAGCACGAGUCAAGCACCUACCUUGCAGACCUCGACCAAGCAUCAAAAUCCGUCGUUAACAAGACAGCCUCCCUGAUACAGGAUGCCCUGGAUCACUUCCAGUCAAGAUACAAGAGCAGUCUUCACCCAGGCGGUUCUGGCAAGAAGUUGAAAGAUGCCUAUAAAAAGCUCGAGUGGUCAACAAGGGAGAAAGAGCGGAUACGAUGUCUACGAGAGAAGUUGCAGGAAAGCGUCCAGAGGCUUCAACUAUUGACUAGCCUUGCAGCAAGGAAAUCCGCUCGAGUCGACAACGCUGUCCUGCUUGACCGAGUCGCUGAAGUGCAAACACUCCUGUCAAAGACAUAUGCUAGCCAAGAGGAAGUGCUUCAUCUCAUACAACAGCGAAAGGCAAGCGAUGAGCAGGCGCAGAAACUGGACGAACUAAGUCAGCUGCUUGCGAAACAAGACAAGAGUAGUCUCAGUGUCUUGGCCGUGGCUGGGGACGCCCUUAGCGCUAUUCUUCAAGUCAAAGACCUACUUAUUCAGGUCUCCCAAGAUGCCAUUAAUGUCGACAUGGUCUUCAAUUCGACGCACCUUCGCCCGAUGGAUCCUACGAAUGGGCUCCCCGCCAUUAUCGAAGACGCACUCGGUCGUCAAGUUCCGAUUCCGGCUGAAUGGCUAGGUUCACUGGAGUGGGAAGCAUUAUAUGCCUUGCUAUCCUGUCAUUUCAAAGGGCAGAAUGGCCACGAAAUGGUGAUGAGGCGAGAGUAUGCUCUUGAAGAGAGCGCUUCGGGGAGAGACCUGGACCCAGAGCGUCCUUUGCAUCUUUGCCUACGAAGAGGCAUGCGGAUCAACAUGAGCAUGAUAUUUCAAACGGCCGAACGACUUUCUGGUGCUUGCCCACGCUGCAGGACAGAAACAGCUGCACCGGAGGGCAUCACAGCACAGUGUCCGAGGUCUGACUGUGGCAUGUGGUUUCGUAUGCAAGAAGCUGCCACGGGCGGCUCAAACCAAAUGACCUCGUCAAAAGAUUUGGGCAAGGGAGCAACGGCUGCAGUAAACACGCCUGCUCAACCAGCUGACUUCCAGCGGGUGCGACUCUUCCGCCACGAUAUGAAGAUGAAGGUUUCGAAGGUGGUGUCAAAAUCCAAAGAAAAUCCAGGAUUACAAUACAGCGCUCCGCCUCCACAAAGCCAUGCGCACGAAUUGCACACUGUCUCGGAUUAAACGUUGCGUGUCUUAUGGUGACACGUAUUGCACUGACUGUGAUUUCGGACGACACAUUAGAUUACGACCUAUUCCGCGAAUCGUCCCAAUACCAAUGAUGAUUUCCAACGGCAACGGCCGGCAUAACCAGGCAAGGAGAAGAACUUAUCUAAUAUAA